AUGGCUCCUAAGUCAAAGACCGCCAUUGAGGAGAUUGACGAACAGGUCGCCCUUGGUGAGGCCUUUGAGAGUGAAAACAUGGACAUCGACUUUCAGGAAGAGGAGGAAGAGGAGAGCGACAUCGCGACUGAUGAGGAGACCACCAUUACAGAGGAAGAGUUUCAGACACUCAUGAACAUCGAGACCGAGACCGAUGUCUUAGCGGAGAAGCUGAAGGACUUGACCUUGACCCAAGCCGUUGACCUGUCCGAGCACUGGAAGGACAUCGCGAAGGAGAUGUUUCAGAAGUAUAAGCUGGUCGCAAAGCAGAAGUCGCUCUUGGAGAAGAUUGAGAAGAAGCAGAUUGAGAAAGUCCAGAGGAUGGCAAACAGCCAGAGGAACCGCGAGAAGAAAGCCACCGAGAAACACAGUUUCAUCACGGUGACGGUACAUUACCAGGGUAAGGACUAUGAGAUUACCAUCAAGAAGGGUGACCGCUUGAAACAGCUACGCGAAGCCUUGAAUCGAGCACACGGCAACAUCUUCCCCAACAUGGCUAUGACUACGCGCAUCAUCUACAUGUUCAACGGUGAUGAGCUCAACGCCCACAAUCGCCGUGAGCUCUUGACGUGGGGCAUCCAGAAUGGAAGCGUGAUUUAUGCAUCCGACAUGGCGACAGGCUCAAAUGACAAGAAGGACGACAAGAAGGACGACAAGAAGGACAGCAAGAAGGAAGACAAGAAGGAUGACAAGGGUGGAGCUUCUUCAUCCUCGGCUUAG